UGCUAAUUACUUUUCUUCCGUCAUAUCAAUUAUUAUCAUAGUGGGUAUAUGUCCCCAGAAUAUGCUCUUAGCUGGAUUGUCUCAGUAAAAACUAAUAUUUUCAGUUUUGGGGUGUUGCCACUAGAGAUUGUCAGUGGCAAAAAAAAUGUCAAUUUUGUUAAAUCUGAACAUUCAAUCAACCUCAUAGGACAUGCAUGGAAGUUGUGGAAUGAAGAAAAGGCCUUAGAGCUAGCAGAUCCCUCACUAAGUGGAAUAUGGAAUGCUGAUGAAUUAUUGAGAUGCAUUCAUAUUGGUCUCUUAUGUGUGCAAGAUCAAGCUAAAGAUCGACCUGAUAUGUUAGAUGUGGUUUCUUAUCUCUCUAAUGAAACCAUUUUAUCAGCUGAACCUAAGCAACCAGCAUUUUUCAUUAAUGCAAGAGAGAACAACGCCACAUCACCUGUUAAUAAUAUACGAGAAAAUUGUUCUACCCAUAAUGUAACGAUUUCAGGUUUCAACGGUUGAUGAAUUAUGUGAAUCUUCCCAAACUGUUAACUAUUAGACAUGUUAAUUCCGAAAAUACAUUGUCAAUUUCCUAAUAUAAUUUUCAUGUCUGAUGACGUUCUCGUAGGCAAUAUAUACAUUAUAUCAA